AUGUCAAAAGCGUGGGUGUGUGGAACCUUUGGUAAAAACUCUCCGUGUCGUUUCGUUGUAGUGGCGGACAUUGUCGAGUUGAGGUACUCUGGUUAUUCGGUGUCAACAGUCACGCAUGCGAUACGCCAAAUCCCGCAGGAUAUGGAGCAGUGGCGAAUGGAUGGAUUCCGUCCGAGCUCUCGUGGUAGAUCGAGAAGGCUUGGACAGAAUUGUGUUCAGCUACGACACACUUCGGUGAAGAUGCGCGCAACCGCAUCAGACGAUAAUACCAUCCCGCCUAUUGGAUCAGGUCACGUUGCAGACAGCUGGAGGAUUCUCGUAAGCACAGGAGAGCUUCAGGAGAAUCCAUGA